ACAGGAAUGGGUAAAUCUUCAAAGGACAAGCGAGAUGUGUAUUACCGUCUGGCCAAGGAAGAGGGUUGGAGAGCAAGAAGUGCUUUUAAACUGUUACAGAUAAAUGAAGACUUUGACAUCUUUACUGGUGUUAAAAAAGUGGUAGACUUGUGUGCAGCGCCGGGUAGCUGGAGUCAGGUGCUGGCGAGGAAGCUUAGAGGAUCAGAUAAGACGGAUGAUAGUGUUAAGAUAGUAGCUGUUGAUCUACAAGCUAUGGCACCUAUACCAGGCGUGAUACAAAUACAGGGAGAUAUUACCAAGACAAGCACAGCACAUGAGAUAAUUGGACAUUUUGAGGGAGAGCAGGCAGAUCUUGUUGUGUGUGACGGAGCACCAGAUGUGACAGGUUUACAUGACAUUGAUGAGUAUAUUCAAGCCCAGCUUCUUCUUGCUGCUUUGAAUAUCACCACCCAUGUGUUGAAGAAUGGAGGAACGUUUGUAGCUAAGAUAUUUCGAGGAAAAGAUGUUUCUCUACUUUACUCACAACUUAAGAUAUUUUUCCCACUUGUGUCUGUGUUCAAACCAAGGAGCAGUAGAAACUCCAGUAUAGAGGCAUUUGUAGUGUGUCAGGGUUAUUCUCCACCAGAGGGUUAUACACCAAACAUGGCAAACCCCUUACUUGAUCAUCAUUAUGACUUAGACUACAACAAUUUGACUGGACCAAACAGAGUUAUUGUUCCUUUCCUAGCUUGUGGAGACUUGAGUGGCUUUGAUUCAGACAAAAACUACCCACUGAAGCUUCCAGGUAGAGAUUAUGAGUACCACAAACCAACCCAGUCACCUAUUAACCCACCGUAUCAAGAGGCGUGUCACCUUAGAAGGACUGAUCAAUUGGCUAAACCAAUCAAAUCUCAAGAAAAUGAUUCUAUAAAUAGAACAGCAAAUGAUGACAGUGAUAACACAUGUUCUAAAAAUAGUAAUGCAUAUGACAGUACAGAUAAAAUUGUACAAAGUGAGAAAAGUGGGGAUGUUCUUAAAGAUGAUGGUAGGGCAACCGAAGGUGAUAAUGUAGCAAGAACAAUGGAUGAAGCAUGUAUAAAAGUGGAAAAACUUAAUAUUUGAAAUAUAGUAUAAAUUUUAUAUUAUAUUCUCUAGGCAAAUUUUUAAACAGAUAAUAAAGCAAUAAAAGACUGAAUAUCGAA